UGUGCCACCUCUCACCGUCACCGGGUAGCAGAAACGGAGAUUGUUCCUGGAUCUGCCUGUGUUUUGAAAGGAUAUCGAAAACGCCUGAUCUUUUGUGUCAAAAACGUAAUUAUUGGUUAAAUAUCAAAACAUGGCAGUGAACACAGGCACAUCCCUGGUUCUGUCCAGUCUGUUCUCGGUGUUGGUGUUUGCUGGGAUGCAGAUGUUCAGCAGACAGCUGGGCUCUACAGAGUUGCUCACCAUCCUGGGAGGCUUCCUGGGCUCUGUCCUCUUCAUCUGCUCCAUCACUGCCUUCAAUAACCUGGAAAACCUCAUCUUCGGCAAGGGAUUCCAGGUCAAGAUCUUCCCAGAGAUCCUGGUGUGCCUGUGCCUCUCUCUGUUUGCCUCUGGACUGGUGCACCGCGUGUGUGUCACCACAUGUCUGAUAUUCUCUCUGUUCGCCCUCUACUACAUCAACAAAGUGUCUGCUGCUCUGUACCAGGCAGCCGUUCCCACGGUAACGCCAGCCAAGGCUGCCAGCAAGGGCAAGAAAAAGAACUAAGCCACUAAUUAGAUCAAACUUUCAUACCGUCAUCCAAUCAGCAUCCACUACAACGGCUAACCAGGCAAAGGAGAAAUGGUGUAGGUUAGCCAAUGACAGCGCACCCAGGUUCCUUUUUGUAGGUCAUGCCAACCAGCAUUCUUACAUAUUUUCCUUAACUCCAAGACCACUGAUCUCCAAGGACUGGACAGGUCUGAGCAGUAUACAUAGCAGAGACCAACCCAGCCCAUCCAUACACUGUUAUCAGCAGUCAUGAGGCCUGGGGUGGAGGAAAUGAAGCAGUUUGAGAUAUAGCCAGAAUCAUGUCUUUACAUUCCCUACAUCAUCCCCUCCUACUCAGCGCUUGUUUCAAACUGCUUGCCUACAGAUCCAUAUUUUUGAUUGACUACCCUUUUGUUUUGGUAUGAACACUUUGCUUUUGUUAAAAUUAAUUUGUAAUUAAAAACCAUUGAAAAUAG